UCCAGGGAGCAGGGUGCCCAUUGCAGUGAGGGGGUCCAGGGAGUAGGGUGCCCAUUGCAGUGAGGGGGUCCAGGGAGUAGGGUGCCCGUUGCAGUGAGGGGGUCCAGGGAGUAGGGUGCACAUUGCAGUGAGGGGGUCCAGGGAGUAGGGUGCCCGUUGCAGUGAGGGGGUCCAGGGAGUAGGGUGCCCGUUGCAGUGAGGGGGUCCAGGGAGUAGGGUGCCCGUUGCAGUGAGGGGGUCCAGGGAGUAGGGUGCACAUUGCAGUGAGGGGGUCCAGGGAGUAGGGUGCCCAUCGCAGUGAGGGGGUCCAGGGAGUAGGGUGCCCGUUGCAGUGAGGGGGUCCAGGGAGUAGGGUGCCCAUCGCAGUGAGGGGGUCCAGGGAGCAGGGUGCCCAUCGCAGUGAGGGGGUCCAGGGAGCAGGGUGCCCAUCGCAGUGAGGGGGUCCAGGGAGCAGGGUGCCCGUUGCAGUGAGGAGGUCCAGGGAGCAGGGUGCCCAUCGCAGUGAGGGGGUCCAGGGAGCAGGGUGCCCAUUGCAGUGAGGGGGUCCAGGGAGUAGGGUGCAGAAAGGAACAGGUUUCUCAUCAUAUGAGUUGUCCUGGAGAUGGAAUGUCCCUUGUUGUAUGUUAAUUGUAAUGAGAUUCCAGUUUAUUUCGAGGAUAUGUGAUGAGGACAUCCAUUACUAUUUUAUACUUGGGGAAAGUGUACAAUUGGGCUACCUAUGUGGGUCUAGUAGGAUCUGAUCAACUGAAGUACAUCGGGUGAGGGAAUUACACUUGUAUCCUUGAAUCAUGCCAUGCACUUGUGGAAACUGGAGACGGUGGAUCCGGCCUUUAGUGGUAUUCCUGUACCUUGUAGGUGUUGUGGUUGCUGUUCCUCUCUGUGUGUGGGAGCUGCGAAAAUCUGAGGUGGGAACUCACAAUAAAGCGUGGUUCACUGCUGGAAUUUUUGUGUUUAUGACAAUUCCAAUAUCACUUUGGGGAAUCUUGCAGCACCUAGUGCAUUACACUCAGCCAGAAUUACAGAAACCAAUAAUAAGGAUCCUAUGGAUGGUUCCCAUUUACAGUUUAGACAGUUGGAUAGCCUUGAAGUAUCCUCAUAUCGCAAUAUAUGUCGAUACGUGCCGAGAAUGCUAUGAAGCAUAUGUCAUCUAUAACUUCAUGAUCUUCCUACUGAGCUAUUUGACAUAUCAGCACCCAAAUUUAGUGAUUCUGCUUGAAGCUAAGGAUCAGCAGAAACAUCUACCUCCUCUCUGCUGCUGCCCCUCUUGGCACAUGGGCGAGGUGUUGCUGUUCAGAUGCAAGCUUGGAGUUUUGCAGUACACUGUUGUUCGACCAUUUACAACCAUAAUUGCAUUAAUCUGUGAACUCGUUGGAGUGUAUGAUGAAGGAAAUUUCAGCUUCAAAAAUGCUUGGACGUAUUUGGUUAUAAUUAACAACCUUUCGCAAAUAUUUGCCAUGUAUUGCCUUGUGCUGUUUUAUAAAGUGCUGCGAAAUGAACUGAACCCAAUUCAACCAGUCGGCAAGUUUCUUUGUGUGAAACUGGUUGUAUUCGUAUCUUUCUGGCAAGCUGCUUUGAUUGCUUUACUUGUGAAAGUUGGCAUAAUUUCUGAGAAACACACGUGGGACUGGGAAAGUGUGGAAGCUGUUGCUACUGGCCUGCAGGAUUUUGUGAUUUGUAUUGAAAUGUUUUUUGCUGCGAUUGGUCAUCAUUAUAGUUUUUCCUACAAGCCCUAUGUCCAGGAAGCUGAAGAAGGCUCCUGCUUGGAUUCCUUUUUUGCCAUGUGGGAUAUCUCUGACAUCAGAGCAGAUAUAUCAGAGCAAGUACGGAAUGUGGGGAGGACGGUUUUGGGUCGACCAAGGAAAACCAAUGUUGGUGUAGAAGAAGAGCACAAUGAGCACACCAGUCUUCUGUCUUCAGCAAGCCAGGACCUGAACUCUGAUACUCCAUCCCUCCCACCUUCUCCACUGGGACAUUACCAAGGAUUUGGACAAACACAUGCAGUUCUUGCAUCUCAUCCCACAUCUGUUCCAGAACCAAAUGACUCUCUCGAUAAUUUAGCCAAAGCGAAAGACAUUGAAGACUCCUUAAAUCCGGUGCCUAACAACUCAGCAUGAAGCUGAUCAGGAUAUAUACUGGUACUUCAGCUAUUCACCUCCUACUCCUUUCAGGUCAUUAUGUUCUGUUGGUACCAUAGAUAAUUAUACUGAAUAGUACGGAUGAUCUCUAUUUGAGACUUUAAUAUUAGAUUUCUAAUACUAUUAUUAAGAAAGCUGAUGAGGAAUGAGGAGGAGUACUGACUAAAUAAAUUCAUAAAACAAUUUCAUAAUUUUGUGCAUCUAAAGUAUAACAAUCUGCCAGUGAUGCCAAAAUAUUGGUUCGAACAUUAUAGGAUCCAUCAACAUGCAGAAGUCUCAAAUUACUAGUUAACGAGCAUUGUUAAAUCUGAAGUAAAUUUUAAUAGUCAUGUGUUACUGCAGCAACCACUUUUUUUUUUAAUUUCUUGGGUUGUGGGCAUCCCCAGUUAGCUAGUAUCUAUUACCCAUCCCUUAUUGCUCUUCACUGUGGUGGGGGACUACCUCCUUGAAUUGCUCAAAUGAAAGUCACCCGAAUGAGACUAAAGCUCGUGGUCCUCUGAGACUAGAGGGAGAUGACUGGUGUGAUUACUGAGAAUCAUUAUACUCGAGGUGAGGUCCAGGGUUGAGGAGGUAGGGCCUUGGUGACAUUCACUGGUGUAGAAAUCAAAUCUAUGCUGUUGGCAUCAGGCUGCGUCACAAACCAGUUGUCCAGUCAACUGAGCAAUGGUUUUAGGCUACACUCUCUCCAUGCUGCUAAGCGGGGAUUUGCAGGAUUUUGACCCUGUGACAGUGAAGUAACAGCAUUAUACUUCCAAGUCUGGAUAGUGUUUGUUCUGGACACUAUGCAACUGUUCCAUUGGAUGUUCGAGAUGGAGAUGUUGGAAGGUGUUGUUCUUCAUUACAAAUGAAUGGUAUUUUUCAACCUUAAAUUGCUUGAGCAUUUUAACCCCUUUUUGAUACAAUGCUCAUUUGUUAGAACUGACAAAGCAACUGUCUGUCCUUUCUACUUAUCACUUGCAAACAGUAACAAAAUUAAACUGAUUAGGUGAUAAAACUCCUGCACAAAUAAUGCUUGCUAGAAAAUUGAAGUGAGCACAAUUAAAGCAAACCAAAAUUUGAACUAAAGUAGGAAUUGCUAGAGAAACUUCAGUCACUGGACUUGAAACAGUAACUCUCCUUUCUCUUCUCAUGCUGCCAGACCUGCUGAGUUUCUCCCACAAUUUCUGUUUUUGCUAAGGAAUAAUAAAUGUCAGGAAUAUGCCACACUAGGUUAAGUAGGGUGGAGCAUGGCAACUAGGGUCAGUAAAGAUCAGUUUUAUAUGAUUUUUAAAAAACAUACUUCAUUUUUCCUGUACCAGCUGGUUACUUUUACCCAUGUUUUACUGUAAUUCAACCUGAAUUUUAGAACAUUAGCCAGUCUAAGUUUAUCUGGAAAUACAGGGUACCAGGGUGGGUGGGGUGGUGGGAUCCCAAUACUCUACAUUUAACAGGCAGGACAUUUUAAAAAGAAAUUUGGGUUUCUUAGGUGACUUAUCCACAAGAUUUCAAAUUUUAAUAUGACAGGCUUGAGUAAGCUCCAGACACAUUACACAAUUGCAAUGCCAGGAGUUAUAAAUAAUCUGAUGUAAAGUAGAAACAUUUAGCUACAGGAGAAGUUUUUUGAUUUCAUAGUGGACCAUUUUGGCAUAUAAUUGCUGUAUUUUGGGAGUUGUGCAUCAUGCUUAAAGAUUGAUGAUCCAUUUGCAUCUGCCAAGAUCAAUUUAUAACCAGUGUCGGCUGGAUGUGAGCAAUGUAGGUAACUUGAUAUCCAAUCAGUGUUUCUCUUUUCUUGAAAGGUUAAACACAGACGUCAAACCUGAUUUCUGGAAAGAGUAAUUGGAGUUUUAGAAUUAGUCUUGAAGUACUCUGCCACAGGGAUGCUCAAGAAAGAGAAGUUGUAUUUAAUGCAGAACCAGAGAAUUUAUAAUCCACAUUUUAAGAGAGGGGCUAUGAUGAUCUUACCAGUGAUGCGUACAUCCCUUGGAUGAAUUAAGAAAAUUCCUCCACUGAUGGGAAUUUCUACUGAUAGGAAGAGCCUUACAGUGCACUCUCAGGUAAAAGGCUGUGCUAAGAGCACAAGCUUGGCGUACGGUUCACUCUAGGCCUGAGGAAGUACUGCAGUGUCUGAUGUACUGUCCGUUUCGAUGCUAAGUCCAAAUCCAAGCUGUCCCUUUGGAUGAUGUAAAAGUCCCCAUGACAGUUGCCACAAAAGCCCUUUGUCAAAUAUUGUGGUUAUGAAAAGAUCACUUGUACAAUUUUUCAAACAAAUCACUUUUAAAAGAAAACAAAACAUUUAUUGCAUUUUAUGCAGAGUCCAAAGUGUAUUUUCUGUAAGACCUGACUCCAAACAAUAAUCACAGCUAUGUGUAGCAGAUCCCACUUCAGUGGCAUUUCAAAUUAUCGACUGUCAUUAUAUGUCAAAACAUGCAAUUUUGUGACUAACAGCAGGAAAUGGAUCCAAGUUGUAUCAAUCAAAUUACUGAAAACAAACUGUGGCUCCUGCGUCUUUCAAGUUAGAAUGGGUUGUCUCAAACAAAAAGCAUGAGUACAGACAAAGUUAACUUGGCACUUGUACAUUUAUGAAAAGUCCUUUAGGACUGUUCCCUAUCCAAAAUUAAUACCAUUUUGACACAUCAGAGCCAUCUAAGCACCAAAAACUUAUCAGGAGUGUUAUAAUGCUGGGCUGCUAAGGAAAUUUAACCAAUUGGAGGUUUUCGCACUAAUUACUGUAAUUUGGAAAAGGUACUGUAACAAUUGGAAGUGUAUCUUUAUUCUGGAAUCUGUUUUAUCAAGAAGAUUUAUUCACCUUUCCAGAAUAAAAAUGGAAUGAUGACUAUAAAUAUUAAACAAUUAGGUUCACUGCAAGUUGAAUAAAUGGCCUUUAUGUAAAUCAAACCCAACUCUACUAAAAUGUAACUGUACAAUAUUGAACAUUCUAUUCAGAAAGAAUAGAAAAUUUGAAUUUUACUUGUUAAACUGUAACAUAGCAGUUAAACCUGGAACAAAAGUUACCAAUUGCUUAAUAAACAUGGAUCAUGUGAAACUGGA